AUGGAGGGUGAUUUGAACCUCUCGCAGGCGCUAGGGGGGCUGCGGAUUGCAAAUCAGACAGAGGACUCGCCUCCCCCGUCACCCCGUACGGGAACUUCGUCAAACUCAAACAACCCUUCUACUAUUCAUAUCCCAGAUCUUCACUCCUUUUAUUCUCACCAAAACUACUCUGCAAAUUCGCCAACAAGCAAUGCGCCGGCUGGGAGACCAUAUCAAUCUAAUGCAUCCUCUGGCUACCCCUCGCAAAACAUCUCGUCCUCCGCGUCGAUCAAUUCGAACCCUCAAAUGUAUCCUGACUAUGCUCGCAUGACUCGUGAGCCCUCGCGAGGAUCAUUAUCAGGCCCUUCUGGAGCAGCUUCUAGACAGACACAAAGAGAGCGUUCCAACACAGACAGGUCCUACCGUCAAUCCCAUCCAACAGUGAAGAAAGGGGUUAAAGAUUUCAACUUUGGGAGAACUUUGGGAGAAGGAAGUUACAGUACUGUUGUUGCUGCUACUGAUCGAACAACACUGAAAGAAUACGCCAUUAAGGUCCUUGAUAAACGACACAUCAUCAAAGAAAAAAAGGUCAAAUACGUCAAUAUUGAGAAAAACACCUUGAAUAGGUUGGGAGAACAUCCGGGGGUAGUACGAUUGUAUUAUACAUUUCAGGACGAGAGAAGUUUGUAUUUUGUGCUAGAUCUUGCGACGGGUGGUGAGCUUUUAGGUUUCCUGAAAAGGAUGACUACUUUCGAUGAAGAGUGCACUCGGUAUUAUUCUGCACAAAUUUUGGACACAAUUGAGUAUAUGCAUAUGAAAGGCGUUAUUCAUCGCGAUUUGAAACCCGAAAAUGUACUCCUCGACGACCAGAUGCGCGUCAAGAUAACGGAUUUUGGAACCGCCAAGAUUCUUGAUCCACCAGAAAAGACAGGGGACGGAACGAAUGGGGAUUCAGCUAAUGGUGCAGAAUAUGUUUCUCCUGAACUUUUGACUUACAAGGCAGCUUGUAAGGCUUCUGAUUUGUGGGCAUUUGGAUGUAUAGUCUUUCAGUUACUCUCUGGACGACCACCUUUCAAGGCAGGGAAUGAAUAUCAAACGUUCCAGAAAAUUGUUAACCUGGAAUACGAAUUUCCAAAAGGAUUUCCCCCAGUGGCGAAGGAUUUGGUUGAAAGACUGUUGGUAUUGGACCCUGCGAAAAGGCUAAGCAUAGAACAUAUCAAAAACCACGAAUUUUUUGAAGGGGUUGAGUGGGGUCGAAAACUUUGGAAACAGAAGGCGCCGAGGCUAAAGCCGUACGUACCGCCACCAACAGAAGCAAAAAUAAUCAAACUUGACGAUUAUGCCUCCGCAUCUAACUCAUCUCACCGGAAUGGAGCAUCAUCGAAUGGAGGGCCACCGGGCUCUAGGCCUCAGCCUCCUCGUGUUAUAACCGAACUGGCACCACCAAGCCAGCUUGAUAUUGAAUGGUCUCCAGUUUUGACUAGGUCUAAUGAGCGGAUAUUGAAGCUGGGUAACGCUGUUGUACACACUAAAGCACCCAAAAAGUUUGCCCGGUUUUUUACUGGAAACAACAGCAAGAAGCGUCAAAGAUUGGUGAUGAUUACAACCUGCGCCAGAGCCAUCGUUGCAGCCUCGGGUGGUGAUAAAAAAAUGAAGAUGGAAAUCAACCUACAAGGGUCAGGCGUCAUUGCGAGGAAGGUUACUGACAGCACUUGGGCUCUUGAUACCCGCGACAAAACAUACACCUUUGAAGAUCCAAAGACCUCAGCAAGCGAGUGGCUGGAAACAAUAGAUCGUGCCCGGGAAAUCGCUAGUGCAAAUCACCCACCAGACGAUAGCUUUAUGGCGAGCACCAUGUCCAGCCCUUCAUCUACCCUCACUCUCGAGGCAAUCACCAGUCAUUCACACCAACAAGCGCGUGGCACUGGUGACAGUGGCGAUGGGCGAACAAACAAAAGAUUUUCGAAAAGGAAUUCUCGACACGGUUUAGCAGCGGUAUUUUGA